AUGGCAUCAUUGGGCACACAUACGCAGAAACAGCCUCAAUCCCGACUCCCUACAAGGACUCCCCUCAGCUCCAUAUCGCAACCGAUCCUCCCCAUUGGGCGUACACGUUUCUUCAAGCAUCCUCUGUGUUGUUGCUUCAGAAUACCGUCACAUGACAUGCACAGACACGACCGUGACAGUGGUGACGCGAAUGAGAAAGGCAACAGGAAUACUGGAAAGGAGAAGGACAAAUGUGACGAAAUGGCGGGCAAAAAGGCCGGCCCAAACAUGGGCUUCGAUGAAAAGAACCCAAAUCUGUGCAGCACUUGCAGAAAAGUGGACUUCAAUUCACUAUUCGGGUCUCAUGACUGUGAGAUAAUUGUAUCGCAGGGGUACAAGAUGAAGGUCAUAGACGAGACUCACCAGCCAAGUUGCCGUUGCGGGCAGAAAAUCAUACCUAAACCAAGUCAACUGAUUAGCUCCCGAUCCGGAUACAGUGGCUUGCUGGGCAAGUUGGAUAGCCAUGUACCGGCUUGUUCGUUCUGUGCUUUUCUGUAUCAGUGCCAAGCUCGCUUGAAUCUGAUUCCAACAAAUCAAAAACAAUGGUACUGCCCUAUUUUGCGUGUGGUUGACAGUGGGGGCAGAACCCUAACACGAAACAAACGUGUCGGCGGUGGCCUUCUCGGAAGGAAACUUGAUCCUAACAAGGUCGACUUGAAUCUCAUCAGGGAAUGGCUAACGCUCUGCCGGUCGACACAUCCCCAUUGCGAAAAAGUGGACGCAGACAGAAUACCAGGGCUUCUGGUUGUUGACUGUAUUACGGACCACGUCGUCCCUCUCCCACUUAAGCAGGAUGCUGCAAAUCAGGUGGCAAACUAUGUUACGCUCAGUUACCUUUGGGGCACAGCUGAGGCAACCGACGGACCAGUUGUUCAGUCGAUCAACCGCGAUGGUGGGAACGGUCUGGCUCUCCCUACUCAGAUACCCCUGGUCAUCAGUGACGCGAUACGGGUCGUGAAGCAACUGGGAUACCGAUACCUGUGGGUAGAUAGGUACUGUAUCCCGCAAGAAGACGCGGCCGUCAAGCACACACAGAUCUUGAACAUGGGGAGGAUAUAUUCAAACUUGACUCUUACAAUCAUUGCCGCGGCUGGUGAUGGACCGGAAUACGGACUUCCAGGCGUAAGCUCGCGACCUCGUCUUGCGCAGGUGGGAGUGCAAAUCAGCGACGAGAUUUCUCUCGUACUAUAUGAACCCCCAACGGAUCACAUCACCAAUUCUAAAUGGAAUACCCGAGGUUGGACAUACCAAGAAGGCCUUUUGUCGAAGCGUAGGCUCGUCUUUACGGAUCUCAUGGUCUAUUUUCAGUGUCAUGAGAUGCACGGCGAUGAAGUACUGUCGCUUCCUAUUCGCGAAUCAGGAGAAGACUGUGAUGAGAUUCGUCCAUUUUCGCCUAAAGAAUUGGACAUUGGGAUGGUGUUUCCGAAAGUGACCGACUGGGACAAUCCCUUGACGGCCUGGGAAAGAAUCAGUGAAUACGGACUGAGAGAGCUUGGCUACGACUCUGAUGCCUUGAACGCCAUCAGUGGUGUGAUGGAAAUUUGUCUGAGGAUCAGGUUACAAAAGGAUGGCGACUUACAUCACCUUUCACAUCUGAAAGGAGUCUUGUUGGGUCUCCUCGAUGGCUAUUUGAAGAAGCGGUCUCUGGAAAAGGAGAUAGCUCAAAACUUCUCUUUCUUAUCAUGGGAUGCUGGUGCAAAUUUCCUUUGUCUCGUCAACCGACUUUUGUGGGGAUGA